AUGUUGAGAAAUGCAUUGUCGAAGUCAGCCUCGGAAACGAAGAUCAACUCUUUACAGAUUUUCAGCACUAUAUGUAAAAAAUUUGUAAGUAUAUUGUUGAUCAAAGCAAAUGAGAUAAAAAAUAAAAGCAGUUGUUCUUCAGAUAAGGCCGGCCACCAACUGUUACGGCGACUUGCCAUUGCUGGCUUCCGACAGUAUCCCUCUGUCGCAGACGCCUUAUUUGCUAAACAACCCUCCGAUAGCUCUAAGCGAAAAAGUCAGCCGGCCAUCAACUGUUACGACGACUUGCCAUUGCUGGCUUCCGACAGUAUCCCUCUGUCGCAGACGCUUCCUUCUUGCUAA